ACGGAGCAGCUCCACUUACAUUAGACGCCGAAUUCAAAGCAGCCUGGACCACAGAGCCGCCACCUUGCUCUCUCGCAUCGCGGAGGUGUGAAUGAUUUUUUAGGACUCUAAGGAUCGACACACUGUGGUGGAGCGGUACAUUCAGGAUCACGGCUGGACUAAAUGCAACAUUCUCUAUAGCUAUAAGAGGAGCAGAUAUCUGAGUGCAUCAUGGAUUUUGUGAUGAAGCAAGCGCUGGGCGGGGCCACCAAAGACAUGGGAAAGAUGUUGGGUGGAGAGGAGGAGAAGGACCCUGAUGCCCAGAAGAAAGAGGAGGAGAGACAGGAGGCUCUGAGACAACAAGAGGAAGAGCGCAAGGCCAAACAUGCCCGAAUGGAGGCAGAGAGGGAAAAGGUCAGACAAACCAUUCGAGAUAAGUAUGGACUAAAGAAGAAAGAAGAGAAGGAAGCAGAAGAGAAAGCAGCUAUGGAGCAAGCGUGCGAAGGCUCCUUGACUCGUCCCAAAAAGGCAAUCCCAGCAGGCUGCGGGGCAGACGAUGAGGAGGACGAGGAAAGCAUUUUGGACACCGUUCUCAAAUUCCUUCCCGGACCCCUGCAGGACAUGUUCAAGAAGUAACAGCACAAAGCUGUUUCUGAACACAGAUGAGUGAGGGGAGAUUUUGGCCAAACAGGUGAAAGGCUUCUCACUGCCUUGACGGAAUUAUAUUUGCUCCUUUCUACGGAUAGAAACCCAAAUCACAACACGACAACAUUUGGUCUUUUCACUGCCAUUCAGGUUCAAAUUGUUUACAUUUUCUAUAGUGCUCUCGGUUUGUUUACUAAUCAUCAGGGUCGCUAAUACUUUAAAAGUUAAUCUGCCUUAGGUAAUGAUCAUCGACCCCAAAAUAACAGCACAUUCCAGGAUGAUGAUACAGAGCUCAUUAAAAGUGAUGGAUUUAUUUAUUUAUUUCAGAGCAUACGCAAACUGUAUCUUGAUACAAUCGUUCACAGGAAAAUACUGUCAAUGAAGUGCAGUGGUCAUGUGAAUGGGGUCAAAAUCUCACUACCAUAUUUUCCUGGAAUUUAAAAGUCAGUUUUAAAGCAAAUUAAUGUCAAGCAAGCAGAACAUGCACAAGUCACGCAAAUAUUUAGAUUUGCGCUGGAUGAGAGAGACUUGUUGAUAUUUGUACAGCACAUUUCCAAUAUGCCGCUAGCUUCUGUUUCAAUUUAAAUACAUUUACUUAGGCUUAACAUUUCUAUUAAAUGUUGGUUAAAGUGAACGGCUCUAUGAUUUCUGUUGUUUUAUAGGCUGCUUAUAUUUUCAGUUUUAUCUUCUUUUCUGAAUACUGGUAAAUUUAAAGGAUUUGUUGCGCAAUUAACUGAAAUAUACAUACACUUCUUAUUUUAUUUAGUGCUAACAGUAGACUAUUUUAUAUAAUUUCAGGAUUAAAUUAUAAGAUACAACUUAUACACCAAUGGCACUUUUUUUAGAAAUGCAAUUAUGAGCCGUGACUUAAUUUCUGGAAAAUAUGGUAUCUAAUGAAUAACAUUUGCCAUCAGGGAGCUUGUCGAUAUGUUGCCAUUUGUAAAAAUGGCAAACGUUGUUAUACUGUCUUAGAGUACAUUAUACAACAACAAUAUACUUAAAAUGGAUGUGUUUCUCCCUUGCAUUUUUGAAAAGUUUCACUUUCAGAUAAUAAAUGCUAUGAAAGCAAUACCUCUCCACAUGGAUCCAAAAAAUGACUGAAAACAACUAUAAUAUGCAUGCCAGACAAGAAGAUGGACACAAUACUAUGUGUUUGCACCUAUAUGGUCCUGUAGCUCAGCAUUGUUGUUUUGGUUGUCAAGUACUCAUGCAUGACUAUAAAGGAAACACAAUACAUGUGAAUGAUGUCACUAUAUUGCACAAAAUCUAAGAUUUACACACUGAAAAUAAUAUUUUUAUCAAACCUUUUCAAUACUUUCUUGUCCCCGAAAUGCAUAAAAUGUUUUCCGUUUAAAAUUGUGUCAUGUAAAAUUUUGAAACAUGAAUGCAUGUUCUGUAUUCUGCACAUGUACACAUGCAUAUAGUAUUUGUUUGCAAUGACAUGACAUUGCCACCUACAGGCCUGGCAUGCAUAAUACAGUGUUUUCAGUUGCUUUUGUGGAUCCGUGCGAAUGGGGAUUGUUUUAACAGUAUGACAUUUUUUCAAAAAAUGCAAAAACAGAACGUUUUCUGUAGAUUGUUGUCUUGAAGAUGUACCCCUAGUUGUGCCACGUUAGACCACCUGAGUGCUCAAAUGGUUUUGCAGCCUGGCAGUUCUCAGUUUUGUAUUAUUAUUUAUUUAUUUAAAAUGUUCUUGAGGUGUGAAAUAGAACUUGAAUUGACCACAAGUAAUAUUCACAUUAGCCUUGCCAGCAAGAUCAGGAAAAGUUCGGUCAGACUUGAAAUUUGACAAACUGGACCAAAUUAUCCUUACAACGAACAGUUAUUCAGGACUAAUCACAAUCUGAAAAGCAUAGAGUAGAUGAACCUUUAAACGUUUGCUAUGUAUUCAGUCACUGUUUCACAGCACAUUCAUCACUGCCAAGACAAAACAAGCAGAUAAUCUGAUAUAAGACCAUUCACAUGACAAUCAGAAAUGAUCUGAUCUCAUACAGAAAAAAGUUAUUUAUACAAACUUCUAUUAAAAGCAAAGCAUUGUCCACAAAAUAUGAUGUUCCACAACACAAGAAUAUCUUCCAAGCUCAUGCCUCAGGUGCUGUUUACACCAAUGCCUUUUUGCUUUAAAACAGAUAAGUUAUGUUACGGUUAUGCCAGACAUUCACACAACUUUGAGAUCUACAAUCCACUGAAAAGAAGUGUUUUGCAAACUAGUCACCCUUCUCUUCCCGGAGAAGCAAGCACAGGCAGUUGAAUCUUUUUGGCUCAAGACUUCUGGUCUUAUUCCCUUCCAUUGAUUUUUACAUGUUAAAAAUGGCUCCCUGUGCUGCUUAUGUUGCAAACUGCUAUUUUCUUAUUACAUUAUUCUCAUUUUUAUGUAUAGUCAUGAACACACAUGGGUGUAGAGCAAGUAGUUUGACCGUUUUCUGCCGUUUAUUAUUCUUAGUCAUUUUUCCCAUAGGCAAAGUGGAUUCAGAAGUUGUAAAACAAUCAUAAAAACAAGCACACUUCCACAUUGAAGAAUAAGGUCAGUAAAGAACCAGGUUUAGUUUGGAAAUGCUGGUGUUCUGCUUCAGAAUAUACUCAAAGAAACAACCUUUCAACAUGUCCUCGCUGUAGUCUGUAGUACGAUGAUGUACUUGAUCAGGUCCAAUACGUAGAGGACAUUGUAACCCCACUAUGGUCAUGCCAAUGUUACUGUGACGGCUGGGUUUAGGGUUGGGGUAGGUGAAGCUGUUAAUAACUGUGAGGGUUGGGGUAGACGUAGACGUUAAUAACACACAAUGUAAUGGAUAAUUUAAUAAUUACCAGAAAUAAUUCUCGUGUUUAGCUAUGUGUUUAGCAUGCGCAUGCACAUCCUUUACAUAAUAAACCUCAUCCAGUACGUCAUUGGGCUACAGGCUUCAGUGAGGACACAUUCUUAACUUUUGAAAAUGGAAGUGCGACUAUACUCACUGGCUCAUACUCAUUCAAUUUACUACUCGAUCGUUGUUGAUGUUCUAUACAGUAUGAAUGUGAGCAGUAUAAAUGGAACUCAGACGUAGUGUACCACAUCCACCAUUUCGUCAUGAUUACGUGACCUAUCCGCAUCAGUUGCAUUGCUUCACUCCCAUUCAUGAAUUCUCUUGCGGUGCAUCAUGGGAUAUCAGAACGUCCAUCGGAUGCACACUUCAGAUUCACGUCAGAAGUAGUAGGUCAUCCGGGGAUUCGAAUACUGUUCUGUGAAUUUAGACAUACUACUCGGCUCGCAUACUGUUUUGAGCGUACUAUCCGCUUGUUAAUUGUGACGUCAGACAAAAUGGCUUCCGGGUCCAUACUGUUAGGGGAGACUCUCAACAAAUGGUAGUAAUAAACAUUUACAAAGCGAUAUAAUACUUUCGAAAAUCACGAUCACAAUGUGUACACCCAUGCCUAAUAUCAGAUGACCAGAAAAUGAUUUUUUUUUUUUUUUUUUUAGAAAUUGUUUAAAUUUUGGUAUUUGUGAUGCAGUAAGCCCAGAGAAAGUUGUGUACACUAUAAUUUUAUAUACAAUUUAUUUUAAUGUGUGUUAUAACUAGAAAGUGGUCGUAAACAAAUAAUUCUCAAUUCAAAUGAGUAGCGGCUUGGACCCGGACACAGUAUUUUAUACAUCUCUGAUGCGUCUCGACUUAACAAGCGGAUGGAAAUAUGUGAUUUCGGAUACAGCCGCUCUCUUACUGGUCUACUCUCAUGUGACAAUUGCGCAACCAUGUGUUUAGCAUGCGCAUCCACAUCCUUUACAUAUUGAACCUCAUCCAGUAUGUUAUUGGGCUACAGGCUGCAGUGAGGACACAUUCCAAACUUUUGAAAAUGGAAGUGCGACUAUACUCACUACUCACACAAUAAAACGCAAAUAUGGCUGACGGCAAAAUAGGUGAAAGCGCAGUGAGCGCAAAUGGAAUAUCAUGCGUUUUAGUCAGUAUUGUGUGGAUGGAGAUCAUUUUUUCUGAAACGCAAUAAAAACUAGCAGCAUUUUCAUUCUUUAAAUUGAAAACGCAUUAAGUGUAAACAGCAACUAUAAGUGAAAGUUAAUUUUACAGGUGGGGUUUGGGAUGAAUUUCAUGCUUAUUUACAAAAAUAAUAAUUAAUACCAAUAAAAUUAUACAAUUUAGCUACUAAUUAAUCAAAAUCUAAGAUAGUUGUUUUCCAAGAGAUCAGAUUAUAAGGUCUUUUAGCAUGUCUUUACAUUAAAAAAUGAAAAAGCAUGCCUGUGUGUAAGAUAGUUAAUUUAGUAUUACUUCACAAAAUGGAGGCAAUGCUUUCGAUGAUGAUAAUUAAUUAUAAAAAUAACAAAUGAAUACUAGAAUACAUGAGCUUCAAUCACUGCUAUAGAAAAAAGACCAAAGAGAGAAUGAGCUGCAAUCCUCUACACUACUACAGACAUGAUGAUGAAAUUGUGAGAAACUAUUAAUAUUCCUUCUACAUCUGAUCAACAAAAGUCCUUCCCUCUGUGAAAUUUCUGCCCAAAAUAUUAAUCGUGCUGCUGGCAAAAUCUGAUGAGUUGACUUAAGUCUUUUUUAUUAUUAUUAUUACAAUUUUUAAGGUCUUACAGUACAUUUUUGAGCAUUGAGUAAACACUGCCAUUUGAUAAACAUGUCAGAAACAUAUAUUUGGGAGGGAGGGGUUCAAUGUUUACAUAUGUUUAUGAGUAGGUGAAGAGGCAAACUCAUUUUUGUAAAGUAUUGCAUGAUUGGGGAAAUAUGAAACCUAUAGAUAAGCUUUCAUUUUGUUGAUUACACAAAGUUAGCAGUUGUAUGUUCGACAAAAAAAGUGUCCCUUUUUAAACUCUGUUAGCAAUUGAUAUCACUACAGGAAUGUAUCUGUACCCGUUAUAGGCUGGUUGUUCUGUGAUCACAACAAGAUUGUAAACUUUGUUUCAAAAAUCAAAAUCUUAGUAAGAGCAGAAUGACAUACUUUAGAAUAGCACACGCUACUCUUUUCAUUUCAGCUGUACAAAAGUACACCUUUUUUAUUAUCCGAUUACAAAUUUAAAAUGGACUUUUUCAUUUUUGUAGUGCUGAAAGUUUUUUUUCCACUAGUCAAAGCCAUAUUGUUAGACUGCAAUAAUUAAUGAAAAAAUACUCAUCUUGUAGUCAUGCAUCUGUUUCCUGUAAAACAAAACAAACUGUCGAUAUCUAUUGAAUUCUUCAUGUCUGAAAGUGUAUAUGACGUUUCCUGUAGAGAGAGAGAGAGAGUCUUUAAAAAGAAGCUACUGUAUGUUCUCUAUGUAUUUAUGUGCGUCUGUAUUUGUUUGUGCUGUAAAAUGUUCUUUCAUGUUGUAUCUAUCUGUUCAUGUCUUGGUCUAAAGCGGACUGCAUCCGGGUCCUAAUGUUCAUGUAUGCAUGCAGAUGAAUUUUGCAUUAAAUACCAAAUCGUAA